AUGACCAAGAUUCUCGUUGUCUUCGGUGCCACUGGGCAGCAAGGUGGCUCUGUGAUUGACGCGGUUCUAAACGACUCCGAGCUCUCCAAAGAAUAUUCUCUGCGCGCAAUCACCCGAGAUAUUAAACGACCAUCAGCCCAAAGCCUACAGAGUCGGGGCGUAGAAGUUGUCGAGGCUGAUGUGGAUGAUCCCGAUUCGCUUUCUUCAGCUUUAGCACAAGCCCAUACCGUUUUCAUCGUGACUAUCUCCAUCUACGAUGAGAAUCUCAAGGCCCGUGAGCUUCGCCAGACAAAAGAUGUAGCCGAUGCAGCAGUUGCAGCAGGGGCCCAAUACCUCAUUUACAGCUCGUGUGUGGCAGCUGAGAGACUUUGGGGGAUUCCAGUCACCGCAUUUGACUCCAAGGCAGAUUCUGAGGCUUAUAUCCGCACUCUGCCUAUCAAGAGUGCAUUCUUCAGCCCGGGCAUGUUCAUGCAGAACUAUCUCACGAAUCAGCGCCCGCAGCCGAUACCUGGAAAGGAAGGCGACGAGAUCACCUAUGCGAUUGCCAACUUCAUUUCCCCGGAUGCGCCUAUCCCAUUGAUUGAUACAGUCAAGGAUAGCGGCAAGUAUGUUGGGACUAUUCUUGCCAACCCUGAUAGGUAUGCCGGAAACACGUUCUUCGCUGCGACCGCCUUUUAUAGCUAUCGCGAAGCUGCCGAGAUUAUCACACGUAUCACCGGAAAGAGAACGGUCUAUCUGCAGAUUCCCCUUGAACAAUGGAUCAGUUACCUCCCUCCUGGAUAUGAUAAAGCCAUGUCGGAAAUGAUGCGGUGGGUCGAAAGCCCGGGAUAUUUUGGUCCACAAAGCAAUGAGGAAGUCAAGUGGACGGUACAGCAGGUCAAAGACAAACUGAGCACUUUUGAGGAAUUUGUGGAGAGUUAUGCUACCGACAUGUUCUAG